AUGUAUAAUAAUAAUAGUAUUUACAAAAAUUUAAUUAGAAUUUUUAUAGUUUUAAUAAAUUUUAAAAUAAUAUAUAGUAUCGAAUUCAAAGGAGAAAAAGGGGAUAUAGCAUUAUUAGAUAACGAGUAUAGAAAUAGAGAACCAAUUAAAUUAGAGGAUAUAUUGUUUGGGAAGACUAUAGAGAAUGGGCUUGUUAAAGAACUAAAUGUUGGUAAUGAGAAGUGCCAAAAGGUUGAUUUGGAUGUGGUAUGGGAAACAGUAUUGGCAUCAACGAUUCCCAAUACACCAUUGAUCACUGAUCAACUAUCAGUUAGUGAUAAUGGUCAAUUAACAGGUGAUAAAUAUAUUGUAGUAGCAAAUUCACACACAUAUAUUGAUGUUAUCAAUGGUAGAGAUGGUGAUAGAUUAAUAGGGUGGCCAUUUAUUAUACCAGAUUCAUCAUUUGCAUCAAGCCCACUUUUAUACGACAUUGAUGGUGAUCAAUCAUUAGAUAUUAUGGUAACAACAACCGAUGCAGAAAUGGUUUUCAUCUCUUCCAAUGGUAUGGCUAUUCGUGAAAAGUCAUUGAAGGUACCACCAUUAAAAAUUAAAAAACUUUGGCAUGAGGGCAUUGGUGGUAACCAUGUUGAUGCUGCUUUUUCACUCUACAACAAAGAUAAUAAAAAAUUUGCCAUUCAAAAACAAAUCGAACUUCAAAGACAAAACGAAGAGGCUAAUAAAAAAGAAGAUCAACAACAGCAACAACAACAAAAAUUAACUGUAUUAGAACAAGGAAAGGAUGAUGAGUACGAUCCAUUAUACUCAUUGGCCUAUGACAAAUGGUUAAAUCAAAAUAAAUGGUUCUCGAGAAAAGAUGACUCUUAUACUUGGGUAGAUAGCCACGUUUUAGCAACACCAGUUAUUGCAGAUAUCGAUGAUGAUGGUAUUAAAGAGUUAAUAGUUUCAGUUAGCUAUUACUAUGAUCAAGAGAAAUAUGCUAAUCCAAUUUAUAGAUCAAAAUUAGAAUCUGAUAUUUUAAUAGAGAAUUAUAUUGCCGGCGGUAUUACAGUAUUUGAUCUAUCAACAGGUGAUAUUAAAUGGCAAACCCAUUUAGAUUUAACAACUGAUAAAACUGCAUUUAAAGGAUCAAUAUAUGGAUCACCUACAGUUGUAGACUUGGAUGGGGAUGGUAAGUUGGAGAUUAUUAUUGGCACAGCAUUAGGAUUUGUUUAUGUUUUAAAUCAUUUAGGUAAUCCAUGGGAGGGAAAUUAUCCAUUAGUAUUGGACUCUGUAUUUACUCAAAUUGUAACCGAAGAUUUAAAUGCUGAUGGUAAAUUAGAGUUAAUUGUAUUUGAUAAUAAUGGUAAUAUUGUUUGUUUCUCAUACAAUGGUGAUCAAAUUUGGGACAAUAAAGUUUCAUCGGGUAAAUCAGAAUUUCCUGCUUCUAUUGGUGAUAUUGAUGGCGAUGGUAUUUUAGAUGUAGUUUUAUCAACAUUCAAUGCAGGUAUUUUUGCAUGGAACGGUAUGACCGGUAAAUCACUAGAAGGCUUCCCAAUCAAAUUUGAAUCAUCAAUUAUUUCACCAUUAUUAUUAUUGGAUACCGAUAAUUCAAAUGGAGGUAUGACAAUAUUUGUACAUGCUGAUGAUGGUAUGGUUUAUUCUAUCAAUGGAAAAGAUAGAUGUGUAAAUAGAAUUGAUAUUGGUGAUUUUUCGAUUACAAAAAUUUUAUCAAGUGAUUUAACAGGCGAUGGUAAUUUAAAUCUAUUAUUAUCAACCUAUGAUCACAAAAUGUAUUGUUUAAAUGUUAAUGGUGUACCAUAUUCAUCAAGGAAAUCAGUGGAGGCAUAUAAUCCAAAUGGUAAUUCAUUUACAUCAUAUUCCAGAGAAGCACCAACAGGUGUUAUGAUUUUACCAUCAUAUAGAAAUUUACGUGAUAUAACAGGUAGCGAAUUAAAUUUAGAAUUUUUAAUUAUGGAUCAAAAGGGCUUGGUUGUUAACAACGCAAAGAAUAUUAAAUAUACAGUUUCAAUUUACUUUGGUCAAAUUAGGCUAUUUAGGGAUGUUUACUUUACAACUGGUAUAAAACAAGUUUCAAUUACAAUACCAUCCGCACUCAGCAGAACUGAUCCUAAUUCACUUAGAGUAGAGAUGGUAAACUCAAAUGGUCAAUCAUAUCACGAUUCUAUCAUAAUCUCAUUUAACCAUUACUUUUAUAGAUUAUUAAAAUUUAUUAUAAUUUUACCAAUUAUUAUUUCAACAACCUUAAUAUUAAUACACCAAAAUAGUUCAAAUAAAUCAAUUUUAUCUUAAAAGAAAUAUGGUAUAAAUAAAGUAAAAAUAAAAUAGAAACAAAAAAAAAAAUAUUUAAAACAU